AUGGAUACCUCGGAGAAUCUGCUCACGCACGAGGAGAUCUGGGACGACUCAACACUGGUCAAUGCCUGGGAUGAGGCUCUGAAUGAAUAUAAGAAAUACCACAGUAUCGAUGCUACAGGGGAGAACAAAGCAAAGAUCCUGCGCGAAGCAGAGGAGGCAGAAAUGCAGGACGCGCCGAGCAUGAACCGGGAAGUCAUUGAGUACCAGCCCUCGAUCGAGGAUAUAGAGGACGACGCAAUGGAGCACGAGGAGGCUGCUGCGCCCCACGUUAAGGUUGAGGUUGAAACAGCCGGACAGCAGGAUCAGGGAAACCAUGAGCAGGUCUCAGAUACCAUUACCAAGAGCACGGAUGACCAGCGACCCCCCACCACCACCGCAACGACCGCCCAAGAAAAGAGUCCUACCGCCCAGGAACAGGAUGCUGCCGCCCAGGAACUGAGUGCCGCUGCCCAAGCCCAGAGCGAGGCACACGCACGAAUACAAAGCCAUCUGGAUGCGCAAGCAGCUCUCCAAUCAGCGCCACCACCGUUUCCGAUGAAGUCUCCGGGCGAUAUGAAGGGCCAGGAUAACGAGGCGUUGAGGAAUCUAAUGAUGUCCUGGUACUUUGCCGGUUACUACACGGGAUUGUACGAAGGGCAGCAGCAGGCACAGCAGCAGCAGAAUGGGGGUCAACAGCCAUAA